AUGGCGCCCUCGAGUAAAGCAGUGACCAUGACGGUCGCGUCCGGCACUAUAUCCAAGCUGGACACCAAGCAGACGCUCAAAGCAUCGACUGCACUCUUGCGCAAAAUUCAGACCGAUGAAGCAAGCUCCAAAGAGACGUCUAAGGCAAAUCUGCUCGAGGAUGCCGACGGCGACGAGCCCGAGGACGAGACGCCCGUUUGGAUGGUCUUGACAACUAAGAAGCACAUCGCCGACAAGAAGCGCCUGAAGCCUGGCAAGAUCGUGCUGCCACAUCCAUACCUCGACGCCGAGCAGGAAAAUUUGAAGAUAUGCUUGAUCACUGCAGAUCCACAGCGCAAGUACAAGGACCUCAUCUCCGAGCCUGGGUUUCCCCUGGAGUUGGGAAAGCGCAUUGGACGUGUGAUUGGCAUGGAGAAGCUGAAGAGCAAGUACAAGAGUUAUGAGAGCAAGAGGCAGCUUCUGGGCGAAUACGAUGUCUUCUUGGCCGACGAUCGCGUCAUCACAUACCUGCCUACAGUACUUGGCAAGACGUUCUACAAGUCCGGUACCAAGAGGCCCAUCCCUAUCACACUUGAGGGCAAGCGACAGACGGUAGACGAGCAGGGCAACAAGAGACGGAGGCUGGCAGAGGGCGGCAGCAAGGUCACCAAAGAUGAGGUCAAGCCCAAGGAUGCAGCACACGAGAUUACGAGGACAUUGGGAUGUACGCUUGUGCACUUGGCACCCAGCACCACAACCGCAGUCAAGGUUGGUAUUGCCAGCCAGACCCCGGAACAAAUUCAAGCAAAUGUCGAGGCUGUGAUGGACGCGAUGGUGGAGCGUUACGUGCCGCAGAAGUGGAAGAACAUCCGCGCAGUGCACAUCAAGGGUCCAGAUACUGCUGCGCUACCAAUCUACCUCACAGACGAGCUAUGGGCCGAUGAGCAAGACGUCCUGGAGGAGGCACCAAAGGCGAAUGUCGGCAAGAAGAGGAAGCGGGGCGCUCUCACUGAGGCAUCAGAGAACGAAGUGCUGGAGGUGCCUGGUCCAGAUGGUAAAAUGAGGACAUUGGAGAAGCCAGCGUCCAAGAAGAAGAGCUUAGAGCUGGAUGUCGCACCGAAGAAAAAGCGCAAGAGUGAAGAGGUCGAUGAAGAAGCCGAAGCCAAGGUCGCAGAGAAAGCCGAGAAGAAGGCACGGAAAGAAGCACUCAAGGCACAAAAGGACAGCUUAAGGGAAGAUGUCGCCACCGAGUCGCCCAAGUCAAAGCGGAAGGCCACUGCAGACCCACCAGCACCUGCGAAGAAGGCUGGAAAGAAGGCGAAGACGAAGGCUUAG